GUUGGAUCAUGUCUGAAGAAGCAGGACCGAGUGGACACUCUCAGUCCCAGAGCCAGUCUCAGACUCAGUCUCAACCCAGUUCCUCCUCAUCCUCCUCUGCCCCUGCCCAGUCCAGCCAAUCGUCCUCGUCCGGCUCGGGCACGCUCAGUUCUGUGGAUACCGUCCCCAUCGCCGAACUGGCAUCCAUUCCUGAGGAACCUGAGGAACCUGAACCUAAAUGCUGGGGAAAGAUAGUGCCAUUAAUCAGGGGCUUCAGUGUCCUCAAUUGUGUAGUGAACCAGUAUUCCUUUGGGCGGGAUAGUCGGUGUGAAUACUGCUUUAAUGACCCCAUAGUUCUAAAAACACCUCGCUACAAAACUUACAGCAAGAGACACUUCAAAAUCUUCAGGGAUGAGAGCGUGGUGUAUCUGGAGGAUCUGAGUGGAAAUGGAACGUGGGUCGACGAUACUGAAGUAGGAAAAGGAAAAAGAUUUCCAUUAAACAAUAACUCAGUGGUGGCUCUCGCCGACCAGAAACACAAAGUGUUUAUGUUUGUUGAUAUGACUAAGGAUGAUCAGCCGAAUUUUCCUAAAGAGUUCCGAGAUAAAUACCACGUCACUCGCAAGAUUGGCUUGGGUGUGUGUGGUGAGGUGAAGUUGGCGAUCGUGAGAGAGACGUGUAAGAAAGUGGCAUUAAAAACCAUCAAUAAGAACGACUUUCCCUCAGUUGGUACAGCGACCCGUAAUGCCGAGAGAGAGAUUGAGAUUCUGAAAAAAAUUGAUCAUCCAUGUUUAAUCAGAACUGAAGAUUUCUAUCAGACUGACGAGUCCUACUACAUCGUCUUAGAAUAUGUGGAAGGCGGUGAACUUUUCAGCAGGAUUAAAGCUCAGAAGAAGCUGAAGGAGAAAAUCGCUAAACUUUAUUUCUAUCAGAUGCUGAAAGCUGUACAGUACCUGCAUGAGAACGGCAUCAUCCAUCGUGAUCUGAAACCGGAGAACGUGCUGCUGACCUCUCAUGAGGACGAGUGUUUGAUUAAGAUCACAGAUUUUAACCAGUCAAAGAUACUGGAGGAAUCGAGUUUGAUGAAAACUUUAUGUGGAACCCCGACGUUCCUCGCUCCUGAGGUCUUCACUGCAGAAUCUACAGGGGGUUAUACUCACGCUGUCGACUGCUGGAGUCUCGGAGUACUGCUCUUCAUCUGUUUGGGCGGUUACCCCCCGUUUAACAGUGACUCCAGCUCUAUGUCUGUGAGAGAUCAGAUCCUCAGUGGUCAUUACUGCUUCAUCAAAUCUCGGUGGGAGUCGGUCUCACCACAAGCUAAAGACCUGGUAAAAAAGCUGCUGGUUGUAGAGCCAAAAAAUCGAUUGAGUAUUGAAGAAGCUCUGCAGCAUCCCUGGCUGAAGGAUGAGGAGAUGAAAAAAAAGGCAGACAGCCUCAUGUACCCAGCAGCAUCACCAGUACCAGAACCACCUGAGGGUACAGCAGGACCCCAGGAAACAAGAAAGAGGAAACUGAAGCGUAAAGCUGAAGAGGAAGGAGAGACAUCAACAUCUAAAAGAAGGCCAUGAUCACAUUUAACACCAGCAUGCUACUGUGUACUGUACUCUGCUGUGUGUGUGUGUGUGUGUGUGUGUGUGUGUGUGUGUGUACGUGUACAAAUUCUUGUAUUGAUGUUUUCAGUUGAUUCAUUAAACAGAUUUUAAUAAUA